AUGCUGGGAUUAUGCGACAUCGGCCUUGAUCCUGCGAACUAUUUCACUUCACGCUCCCACCUUUCCCUCAACAAAAAAGUGAACGGCAUCCAUCCGGAAUGUUCUGAGGUUUGGGCUCGUGGAAACACAGUUGGCCAGGAGAUUGUCCUCCUCGAAUGCCUUGCAGCGAAGUUCGCGUACGGCCAGGAGCCUGGCGCUCGUAAUGAAACCAAAGUGGCCCUGGAUGGGAAGGGUCGAGAGCUUUACACCAAUCUAGUCCCCUGUUCUCAGAGCUUUGCCUGUGUUGUCCUGUUACAAGGUGAAGUCAUCCUGGAUCAGAAUCCCCCCGAUUUGUUGUUUUAUCCGGAACUUCCUUGCGACGGGAACGUUGCUUCCGUUACUCCGCUGGCUCCCAUGGGUUUCUGGAAAAGGGCGCAGAUUGAGAACGAAAACGAGCCUGCCGUAUGA